GCCGCCACCUCAACCGGCUCAUCGUCGCGCCAUGGAGGACGAGAGCAGCCAGGACUCAAGCGUGCAAUACAUGAACCUCUCCGACGACGAAGCCACGCAUUUCCGGGUGAGUUGUAGAGCUAGGGUUAGGGUUGGGUUAUCAGAUUUGGGAUUUGGGGGGAUUUGAUUUGAUUUGGGGAUUUUGUUUUCCUUUUGUUCCUGUAGAUCCCUGCUAGCAUUGAAGACCAAGACUACAGUGGCAUUGAGACAGCACCCAGAGUUCUUUGCCAUCAGCAUGGCGUGGCGGCUGAGAGGCGUGUAGCAUUCGAAGCAUUUAACACGGGCAGGAGGUUCUUAGUCUGUCCUAUGAGUGUAAGAUUCUGUCCAAACUCUGUGUUAAUUGUAUUGUUUAAUCUAGCCAUGUGCAUAGAAUUGUUCAGUCCAGAGCAUAGAAUUCAUGUUCUUUAAUCUAGCCAUGUGCUGAUGCACAUUGUUUAAUGAGUACUCUUGUAGCAUAGCUGUGAUGGUCAUUUUGUAGCUGUGAUGGUCAUUUUGUAGUUGUGUUUGGCCUGCCUGGACACACCACCACCAACCUGGAAUUGUAUUGUUUACUGGGUAGCUGUGAGGGUCAUUUUGUAGCCAUUUAGUACUACUGAUGCUAAUCAGUGGAUUAGAAAAUGUGUUGAUGCUUGCCAUGUAUAUUUAAUUUGGCCAGUAAUUUUAUAAUUGGUCAACAGCUUAGUUUGCAGUGCAGAUAAUCAUUGUUUAGCUCACAAGAGUACUCACUUUGCAAAUUAUUUGGUUGUUUUAGGUCAGGGAGAUUCAAUGUCAGAAGCACAAAAUUCAGAUAGUGUUUAGUGUCAGAGGUUCAUUCUUUAGUUGUCUAUAUUAUUAAAGUUGUUUCUCAAAGAUGCUUAAAGUUCAUUUUUUAAUUCAGUGGCUAGUCAUUUAGGGUCCUACAUUGUUUAAAGAUGCUCAAAGUUCAUUGUUUAAAGCUAGUUGCUCAAAGUUUAUUGCUUAAAUAAUUUACCUAGGAGAUUGAUUUUGCACAUGCUAUGGUUGUUUAUAUUGCAGGAAGAUGACAACUGUGGUAUUGUUCUCUGGGUUGACCCAGAGUGGCCUCCUACAUUGCAGAAUGCCUUGUUGAAGCUAUGGGAAAUGUAUCAUGACAGCAAGAGUGAUAGGAGGAAGGAUAACCUGGAGAGUUCACUCACUAUUCACCAUCUCACUGAAGAAAAAAAUAAUCUAGAGGCCAACUAUGACAAAUUGGUUGAAGAUGUGCACCAACUGUUGAAUGCUCAAGAGGAUAGGAGGGUAGAUUUCAGCUAUUUGCAGGCUAAGAUGCAGGAUGUGCAUGUUUCUUAUUCAGUUGUAUCUGACAUGAAGACAGAGAUGGGGAAGAAAGAUGCAGAGAUCUUCAAGCUGCAGGAGAAGUAUAAAGUACUGAUGAACCUGACACAAUCUCAAGGCACUUGCAUCAGGAACCUGAAGUUUAAUCAUCUAAAAGAGAAGGAAGUGCUUAGUACAUCCACCAGGAACCUGCAAUUCCAGGUUGAUGAACUCAAAAAAUCUGAGGAAAAGCUCACCCAGGAGAACACCCAGCUGCUCCUUCACAUGGGAGAUCUCAAGAAGGGGCAUGACAAGCUCACAGCAAGGAGGGAUCAGCUAAAGAUUCAGAUUGCUGAACUGUUGAAGUCAGAGGAGAAGAACAAGCAGAAAUUGAAGGGGAUCCUGGACAUCUUGUCAGAAUGAAGAUGUACAGGAAGAGCAAGAGCAAGAUCCAGAUCAACAUGAAGAAGAAGAAUGCUGGCUUUGCUGACCUUUUGUGAAGUAUGGUGUUGUUGUGAACUAAGUUAUGUACUAUGGAUGUGUAGUUGUUGUGAACCACUAUGUUGUUGCUUUAGUUGUUGUGAACCACUAUGGUGUUGCUUUAGUUGUUGUGAACCACUAUGUUGUUGCUGUGAACCACUAUGUUAACUGUUA